GACGGAGAGGCGGCGCCGGUCGGUCGGUUGGAAGCCAUUUGGAAUCUGCCAUUGAAAUCUGCUCCUUGUUUGUGAGACCUCGGGCAAGUUGUUGGUGCUCACUUUCAGUUACACCGUGUCCAAAUCCAAACCCAUGGACCCGAUGGACUGGCUGAAGAACGAGGAACUGCUGCGGUUCUUCCACCGCUGUAAAACCGAGAUGUCCUGCAUGGAGAACCCGCACACGUUCCUCCGCCAGCUCCGGGACCACGACCUAGUCCCGGAGGACCGAUACAAGAAGGUGAUUUGUAUGAAGAGUAAAGACAACAUAAGGAAAGGUCUCUACGAAAUCCUGGACUGGUUGGAAAGAAAACGUUCCCAGAGCGUCAGAGAGUUCUGGAGCUGCGUCUUCAAGGACACCAUCCUGAACCAGUAUCCCAGCCUGAAACUGCUGCGCAACAACCUCCUGGACGGGUCUUUCCAUUUUGACAAACAACCUGAAGAGACGGUGGAAACGGAAGAGUCAGACGAAGGGGAAAAGAAGGCGCUUUCGGGAGGUGAGGGGGGAAAGGAGAAGCAGGAGAACUCGGUGAAGAAGAUGAAGAGAAAACUGAGAAGUAGCGACCAUGACGAGGAGCUGGCCGGUCCAUCAUCUCAGUUGACACCCAGGAAGAAAAAGUCCAAGAAAAUAUGCUUCUCCUCUCCCCUAAAGAAAGGCGAGAAGAACAGCAUUUGGAGCUGGCCCAUCUAUAAGAUCCAGCUGCCCGUGACCUGUGGAGACCAGGUAGGGACCCUGAAAAGAGACCGACUGGCUAAAGGGGAGAGGUGCAUUGUGGUCGGGAAACAGUGGUUCACUCCCAGUGAAUUUGAGAGGUUUGCGGGGAAGACGAGAUCCAGGAACUGGAAGAUGAGCAUUCGCUGUCAGGACACGCCGCUGGGAAAGCUGAUAGAGGAAGGUCACUUGAAAGCAGUAAAAUACAAAGGAGGGUGUAAAAAGGCCAAGAAACCACUGUUCCCGUCUGGUCAUGCAACUGCAGUGUCUGACGAAGAUGAAGAUGAAGAAGAAGAAGAGGGCCGUGAGCUGAACGAGGAAGACCGCUUCUCGUCAAGCAGCGAAGAAAGCUCCACAGCUGUCGCAGGCGAGGAAGUAAAGGAACCGACCGAGCAGCAGCCGGAAGUCAGCCGUGAGGACGGCAGGAAGGUGUUCAGAGUCACAUGCCGCGCUGCAGCCGGGACCUUACACGCGAAACGAUUCUCCUCAGGGACAUGUGGGAAGAGUAUUCGUACUGAGACGAACUGGAUGACCCCGGUGGAGUUCCUGAAGGUGGCGUCAUGUCCGACGGAUGCCUCUUGGAAGAAAGAGAUCCAGUGUGAAGGGGGACCACUCAGUGUCCUCAUCGAGGCAAACAUCUUGAGGAUCCACUCGCUGCUGUGUAAUUGCCUACUGUGCAAACCAGAUGGCACCGACCUGGAGAAUUGGAAGAACGAUGACGAGUGUUGCGUCUGUAGAAGGGAAGACGAAGACGAUCUGGUGGUGUGUGAUCACUGCCCUCGCUCCUUCCACCAGAAAUGUCACCUUCCCCAUGUGGAAGAUGUCAUUUUAGGAGACAAGAGACUGUGGAUGUGUACGUUCUGCAUAUUCAGGACCAAUCGAGAGUAUUUUUACUGGGAGGAGCUGGAAAGAGAAGCAGCCAUGUCGCGCCAAAUAUCCCAACGCAUGCUGCAAUGCCAGUAUCUCUUUCUGUGUCUGUGCACGGCUGAUGAGGAACAGAUAUUCGCUAUGAACCCACUCUACCUGAAUGACUACUCCAGUGUGAUCAAGACUCCGAUGUGGCUGGGUCACAUAGCAGACCAGCUCCAGAAUCAACUCUACUGGACCGUUGGAGAGUUUGUGAACGACGUCCAGCUCAUUUUCUCCAACUGCGCUUUAUACAACCGGAACAAUGCUGAAUUUUUCGCCUCGGGCAACAGACUGAAGGAGUUAUUUGACAGAGAAUUUAAGAGCGUGUUCAACAUCAAUGAAUAGGCUGGUGACGGAUUAACAGUGUUCAGUUAUCAAACUAAGUAGCGGCCAGGGAAAGGUUAUGAAUAUGUAAAUAUGCCUGUGGUAUGUAUAGUUUUGAAAUAACCCUUUGUAUGUGGUUGAAAUAUCCCAAAAGAAAUGAUUCAGAAUCAAGAGAAUGCAAGGGACUUUCACUUGAAUUAUGACAACACAUUUCAAUCUAUAAUUCUAUGAUAAUGCAUUUAAAAAAAAAAGAAGGUAUUCUUUCCACUUUGUUAUUUCUGGCGCGGUACCAGAAAUAACCAACAGUUACAUUUACAUUUCACCUCAACUCAACUUACUACGAUCACGCAGCCCAAAGAGCUUCACACAGACAACAACAAUAAUUUUGAUCUGAAUAUUCAUUUUUAAAAGUGAAAUGUAUUUUCCUGUAUGUUGAUCUCAACAUUAUUUUUAUUGCCAUGUUUUUUAUGGUGCUACACCACAUGUGAGGAAGGUUCUUUACAUUGUAAAAGUCUGCAUUAGACUUUGUGUUUGUCUUAAGCCUUUUGUAUCGUGCAACGGUGUCAAUGCAUAGGAUGAAAGGGAAGUCUCUCUGUUUUAAAAUAAAAUAUGAACUUGUGUAGGCUA